UUCUGUUUUGGCUCAUUUUGCACUACUACUUGCUUUCAUUUGAGCCUUUUUUCUUUUCCUAAAAACUUCCAAUUGGUUAAAGUUUUCAAAUAUCAAACAAAUCUUUGUUUGUUGUUACGCCAUGGAAUUUAGAGAGUCAAAUAGCAAAAACAACCAAGAUGGUGGGAGUAAUAGCAAUAAUAAUAGUAAUGAAAAUAAUAGCAAUGUGAUUUCUACUAAAAUUGUUAAGAAGCCAUCGAAAGACCGUCACACCAAGGUGGAUGGUCGAGGGCGGCGCAUUCGAAUGCCGGCUUUAUGCGCCGCCAGGGUUUUUCAGCUAACCAAAGAAUUGGGUCAUAAGUCGGAUGGCGAAACCAUAGAGUGGCUAUUGCAACAAGCUGAACCGUCGAUUAUAGCUGCGACGGGAACAGGUACAAUUCCGGCUAAUUUCUCAACUCUUAAUGUCUCUUUACGCAGCAGCGGGACUACAAUUUCAGCUCCGCCGUCGAAAUCUGCGCCGCUUUUCAUUCACGGCGGUGCUGCCACUAUGCUGGGUUUCCACCACCAGAUUCCGGGCAACAGUUUUGGGCAAGACCCAGAUGAGAAUUUCAUGAAGAAGAGGUAUAGAGAAGAUACAACUGCAGCAUCAACUUCACCAUCGUCAUCAUCAGCUAAACCGGAAAGAACCGGAGUUCAAGGUCACGAACCGGAUCAAGAAUCGAAACCCGGUUCAUCGAAUCCCUCUAGCUACAUACCGACUCCCGCCAUGUGGGCUGUUGGUCCGGCGGCCGGUAACGUCGGAAACACGUUCUGGAUGCUACCAGGUACCUCAUCAACCAUGCAGAGAAUUGGUGGUUUCGAGUUACCGGGAGGUGGCCGGUUCAGUCCGGUUCAACUAGGAUCAAUGUUUUUGCAGCAGCCACAGCCGGUUCAGCAGCUGGGGUUGGGUGUGACAGAGACAAAUAUGGGAAUGUUGGCAUCGAUGAAUGCAUAUAACAGUAGUAGUAGUAGGGGUAGUGGGAUUGAUUUGGGGAUGAAUUUGGAACAACAUCAUCAUCAUCAAAAUCAGCCUCAAGGUAGUGACAGUGGUGAUGAAAAUCACAAAGAUUCCCAAUCAUAACUCCAACAUUGAUACCACAAAAGGAUGUGUGGGACUGUUUUUGUCAAAUCUCGAGUUUGAGUCAUGAGUAUGAAUAAUUCUUGAUAAAAAGCGAUUACCCAAAUGAGGCCUACAUGACGCAAAUUUAGAAUAGUCAUGCUUCAAUACGGGUAGAUAAACUCGCAAGAUUGGUGCCUUAAUGCAUUUUUUUCCUAUAGUUAGGAGAGAAUUGUUUGCGGUCAUUGUAAAUGUUUCAUUACUUUCAGUGCUUUUUUCACUCAUUUUUAACAGUUUUUAUUGAAGAGGAAUUGGAGUUGCAGCCUA